CGCGCGGGGCGCGGGCAGUGGCCGCGGGCACGGGGCGGACCCCUCGCCGCCCCGCCCCGCCCCGCCGGCCGGGACGAGCCAUGGUGGCCCCAUGCGGCGGGCACAGCCGCGCCGGGCAGCGUGUGAGCCCUCCGGGAGAGGUCCAGCCUGCUAUAGCCCUAGCGGUCCCGUGCUGGCUCUAGAAGAUCCUGGCACCUUCUUCCAGGUCUUUUCCGGGAGGCAUGGCACGGCCACGCUGACGGAGGCCGACGUGACGGACGUCAGGGCCAAGGCCGGCGAGGACCCUCUGUGCAGCCCCCACUCCGGGACCUUCCCGAGGGUCUCAGAGGUGGAGAUGAGAGGGUCGGAGGACGCGGCCCCCGGAACCGUGUUGCAGCGGCUGAUCCAGGAGCAGCUGCGCUAUGGGCCCUCGACUGAGACCAUGAGCCUGCUGGCCCUCCAGCAGCAGGCCACGGGCAGUGCAGGGCCGGCCCGCCCUCCCGGCUUCCCUUCCACGGAGAACCUCGCCCCGGAAGACCCACCAAUGGUCCACCAGUCGGCGCGCCAGGAACCGCAGGGCCAGGAGCACCAGGUGGACGGCGCGGCCAUGGAGAAGCAGGCGAGGCCUGUGCCUCCGCCCGGCGAGGAUCUGCCCACGUACGAGGAGGCCAAGGCGCAGUCCCAGCUCUUCCGGCCACCGCAGGGCUACUACCGGGCGGGCGGAGGGCAGCCGGCGCGCUCCGAGGGCCGGCCGUCGGUCAGCCGCGCCCACAGUGGCCAGGCGCUCAAGGAUGAGGCGCUGAGGGAGCUGAAGCAGGGCCACGUCCGCUCCCUCAGCGAGCGCAUCAUGCAGCUGUCUCUGGAGCGCGGCGGCCCCUCAAAGGCACCCCCUGCCCCACCCGCCGGCAAGGACCCCCGGGGCCCGCCCCCCGAGUACCCCUUCAAGAGCAAGCCCGCAAUGGCCACUGUAGGAAAGCCCCAGGAGCUGGGCCUGCUCUACCCCGAGCACGCAGGCAUGCUGCCAGAGCUGCUCAAGCCCUACCCAGCGCCCCAGCCCGUGAGGACCGAGGUGGCCGUCCUGCGCUACCAGCCACCCCCGGAGUACGGGGUCACCAGCCGCCCGUGCCAGCUGCCUUUCCCGGCAACGGUGCCACCGCACAGCCCCGUGCCCUCCCAGGCCUCUGUGGUCAGUGGGCCUCUGCAUUCAGUCUCCCUGCCUCUGCCACUGCCUGUGGCCCUGGCAGCCCUGCCCCCACCGCUGCCAGCCGCCUCCCCAGGCCCGCAGUUGGGCCCUGAUGCCCUGGCCAUUGUGGAGCGGGCCCAGCAGAUGGUGGAGAUCCUGACCAAGGAGAACCGAGCACUGCAGCAGGAGCUCCAGGCCCACUGCGACAGCUCCGAGAAGCUGCACAAGUUUGAGAAGGAGCUUCAGAGGAUUUCCGAGGCCUACGAGAGCCUGGUCAGGUCCAGCAGCAAGCGCGAGUCCCUGGACAAGGCCAUGAGGGACAAGCUGGAAGGCGAGAUCCGGCGGCUGCAUGACUUCAACCGAGACCUCCGAGAUCGCCUGGAGACCGCCAACAGGCAGCUGUCCGGCCUGGGGCACGACGGGCUACAGGAGAGAGCGGCAGAGGGCCUCUACGCAUCCCAGAACAGAGAAUUUUUGAAGGAAAAGGAGAAGUUGGAAAUGGAGCUGGCGGCAGUGCGGACUGCAAGUGAGGACCACCGGAGGCACAUUGAGAUCCUGGAGCAGGCGUUGAGCAACGCCCAGGGCAGGGUCAUCAAGCUGGAGGAGGAGCUGCGGGAGAAGCAGGCGUAUGUGGAGAAGGUGGAGAACCUGCAGCAGGCCCUGUACCAGCUGCAGGCGGCCUGCGAGAAGCGCGAGCAGAUGGAGCAGAGGCUGCGCACCUGGCUGGAGCGGGAGCUGGACGCACUGAGGGCCCAGCAGAAACACGGGGCAGGCCAGCGGGCGGGCGGACCCGAACCUAAUGCACCGGCCCUCCUGGAGCUGCUGCGGGAGAAGGAGGAGCGGAUCCUGGCGCUGGAGGCCGACAAGACGCGCUGGGAGCAGAAGUACCUGGAGGAAAGCACCAUCCGCCACUUCGCCAUGAAUGCAGCAGCCAGCGCUGCAGCUGAGAGGGACACGACGCUCAUCCGCCACUCCCGGGCUGGUAGCUAUGGCGAGGGCUCGCUGGAGGCCCACGGCUGGCAGGAGGAGGAGGAGGCGGUGCAGGCUGCUCGGCGCUGCCAGGACAUGGAAUUCACCAUCAAGAACCUGCACGCCAAGAUCAUCGAGAAGGACGCCAUGAUCAAGGUGCUGCAGCAGCGCGCCCGCAAGGAGGCCAGCAAGCCCGACAGCGCCAGCCUGCGGCCCGCCCGCUCUGUGCCGUCCAUCGCCGCGGCCGCGGGAGCACACUCGCGCCAGACCUCCCUGACCAGCAGCCAGCCGGCCGAGGAGAAGAGGGAGGAGAAGCCGUGGAAGGGCAGCAUAGCCCCCCUCUCGCCCCCAGGGCUACUGCUGGGGAAGGAGACCCAGGAACCUGCCUGCAGCCCACCACUGCCCGCCCCCACCACCUCCACCAUGCCUGCCAGCAGUGCCCACGCCAAGACGGGCAGCAGGGACAGCGGCACGCAGACUGACCGUGGCUCGGAGCUCUUCUGGCCCCACGCAGCCUCGCUGCCCAGCCGCGGCCGGUUGAGCGCGACUCCAGCCCAUAGCCCGGUCCUAAAGCACCCCACCGCCAAAGAGAACUGUCCCAGCCAUGGGAAGUCGCCGGAGCACAAAGGCCGGGCUGGCUGCCUGCUGCACAAGGCCGAGCUUCCUGAUGCCGAGAUGAUGGAGGUCCUCAUCUAGCUGGAGAUGGCCCCGAGGCCAGCGAGGAGGCUGCUGGGAGCUGAACAGCCGGGCGACCCCGAGUGCGCGUGCUCAGAGGGGGUCGGGCUCGGAGAAGGACAGAGUUGGCGUUCUUUCUUUUUCUUCUUUGGUCCUUUUGUUCGUGUUGUUUGGGUAUUGGGCCGCUCGGAACCAUGCAAUGGAAGGAUGGAACUCAGGGCCCCCAUGUGCCAGCCCUGCGCUUGGCCCUCGGCUCUUGGGGGCUCCACCACCUGAGCUGGGGUUCUUCACUGCCAGCCCGUCUUGGGCAGAGUCUGCAUCGGCCCACUCUCGUUAACAGACAAAUCUGGGUCCCUUUGGAACAGCCCCUUCUGCUAACCUUUCAGCAGGGUUUGUUCAAGCAUCCUCCUGAGGCCCCUCUGUGACUGGGUGCAAGGAUGGGACGUGGGGGGCUAUGGCCCCACCUGGGGGCUGCUGUGUCUUUCUUAAGUCUGACUCUUGCCAUCCCCCCCACCUGGUCUCGGCUCUGCCCCUGCUCUGCUCUCUCAACUUCCACUUCCCUUCCGUUCCCCUGGGUGUUAGCACUUAUUCUGGGGUUUUCAGAGCAGCCUGCACACAGCUGUUGUGUGGCACAGUCACCGCUGGGCCUCAGUCACACACACACACACAUGCACACACACACACACACACACACACACACACACUUAUUCUCACACUUACAUACAGACUCACAGAUUCGCCGCCCUGCACUUGCUCACACAUAGCUGCCGCAGCUCAGGGGAGAGGCAGGCACACCUGUGAGACGGAGCUCUUGGGGGCCGGGCUCAGGCUCAGCUGUGGGCUGCUCUGAUGCAGGUCAGUUGGGCCCCUCCUGCCCGCAGGUGUUGCUCUGGGGGACUCGGUGAGUGUGAGUGUGCUGUGUGUGCUGCAGUUUCCCCUGGGCUUGGCCCAGAAGCAGCAUCCGGGUUGGACUCAGGAGCUGCUGGGCAGUGUUUCACGCCCCUGGGGCCUGCCUAGGUUGAGGCAGAGUGCCUGCCUUUGGAGAUGCGGACGCUGGCCAGGAAGGGAAGGGCCCCACAUGGCCGCACAGGCCACCUGCCGCUGCAUCUUUCCCCCCCCAUGUGAGCCGAGGCCCAGGGCUUCACUGGACGGGAGCAUCUGACCCGUUUGCUUCUGAGGAAUACAGUAACUAAAGAGUUUCCUGAAAGUGGAUUGGCUGGGAGCAGGCGAGUGCUGGUGCUUAAUGGUUAAUGUUAAUGGUUCUGGCUGGAAACGAAAAGCCCCCUCCAGCCUCUUUCCUUCCUCCUUCAGGGGUCAGAGGCCAGGGGUCAGGGUGGUGGCAGAGAGGCCACUGCAGGUGCCUGUGGGGAGACACGCCCCAGCCUUCAGUCCAACUCUCCAUCCAGGCACGUCCCCACAUCUCCCACUGGGCCUCAGUUCCCUCCCCACCCCCAGUUUUCAGGCCUGUGCCCCUGGUGGCUUGUGUUUGGCCCCUUCCAGAGUGGCCCCUGCAGGGCCUGUGGGCGUCGUGCUGCUGCGCCCACACUGGUCAUGUUGCCUUUCAACCAUGUCCACGUGUGUCCGUGCAUGCAUGGACCGACCCGCUGGGACCAUCUGUCUUCAGAGCUGUCUGCAGAUCGCAGCCGGGCCUGUGGGGGAGCGGCCUCCUGCCCGCUUGCUUCCUCCGUCAUCCAGCGCUGGGUGGGGACUGGCUGCAGCUCAGCCAGGGGUUGAGGGAGGGACGCAGAGCUCUACCGCCCACCAGGGAAGACCCCUCUUGAGGUCCUGGUGCCAGGGGCCGCCAAGUCCCUUACAGCUUUGUGCCCUCAGCUGCAAGUGUCCUGUGGGGUCACUUGCCCACCACAAUCCACCAGCCAGAGUCCCCCAGACUUUGCUGCUUCGACUUGUGCCUUAACCUUGUGUAAUAAAUG